GCCAAUAAGUUUUGCCAUUUUUAAUUAAUUUUUAAUACUAGCUUUGAUACAUCAAUGUUGCUUUAAACAAUAAAUUUUUUAGACAUGGUUUGAAGUAGAAUAAGGAUAAUAUAAAAUUUUCAGUAAUCUGUAAUACUAUUUCGCAAUGGACGGAUAUUCGUCGUUUCACAAUGGUUCUGUUAAAGAACCAGACUACGAUAAAUUAUCGAAUACAAUAGGAUCAAAUAUUCAAAAAAUAUCUCAAAAUGUGCUUUCUAUGAAAAGAAUGGUCAACCAGUUGGGUACAUCACAGGACUCUCAAGAUCUGCAACAACAAUUGCAUCAAAUACAAAGCUAUACUCAGCAAUUGGUCAAAGACACGAAUACAUUAUUUACAACAUUAAAGAAAGCGAAUUUUGGGCCUGAACAGAGACACUUAAAAAUUCAAAGAGAUCGCUUGGCUGAUGAGUUUACAAAUGCUUUAAAUUCUUUACAGGCUACACAUAGAGAAGCUGUUCAACGUGAAAGAAAUUGUGUCAAUGAAGUUCGAGCUGCAGCUAAACUAAAUAACUUUAAGCCACCCCCAGCUUCUAAUAAAGACCAACUCUUACCAUUCCAAUCAACCCAUAGUCAACAGCAGAUGCAGGCCCAAAUUCAAGAAGAGAUAGAUUUGCAAGCUUUACAAACUCAAGAAGAAAAUAUAAGACAAUUGGAACAUGACAUACGGGAUGUUAAUGAGAUUUUCAAAAAUUUGGGAGCUUUGGUACAUGAACAAGGUGAUAUAAUAGAUAGCAUAGAGGCGUCUGUAGAACGGACUCAAGUUUUUGUGGAGAAUGGUACGCAACAGUUGAGACAAGCUAGCCAGUAUAAGACAAAGCUAAGAAAGAAGAAGCUAAUAUUACUUUUAAUUGCGAUUGUUGUUUUAGCCAUUUUAAUUGGCAUAAUUGUAUAUAGCACCAAAUCAUAA